AGAAAGGUGUAGAGAAGCCUGCCCCACCAAAAUUUGCAGCGGCUCGUUUACGGACUUCACCGACUAACAAUCUGAUUCUGCCAGCGCCCCACCCCAACCAAGACCAUCACAUAAGCUUUUACGAAUCAUCAAGAUAUCAAAAUGGCCAAAACCAGCCUCGAGAAGACGCGGAAAGCCAUUGCGAAGAAAAAGGGCCCCAUCGAGGCGGUUCACCAGUAUUCCCGCGAUGCCAAAAGACUGCACCGAGCCGUCGGCCGAGAUGUAAAGCUCGAGAAGCUCGCUGCGGCGAGAAAGAGAGCCGAUAAGCCAUUCAUUGAGCGUGCCACUUAUUUCCAGGAGGCCUUGAGACGAAAUGACAACAAGCCUUUUCAAUUGGAUAUUGUUCAAGAACUCAUCAAGGCCUACGUGCAUCAGUAUGAUGAAGAAAUGAGCGAGUUGAAGAAGGCUCGCAGGCCAGGUCGACCUUCAAGUACCAAGGAGGACCUCCUGAAGAUGAAGAUAGAGAGACUCUCCAAGGAACAUGAAAAUGGCUUCUUGGUCCCUGACCUUACUACGGAAGACAACACCAAGCUUCUAGAUCGUUGGGAAGGAUCUUGGUCCUACCUGACUGGCAUGCAGUGGGUGAGGGUAGCAAAUGGGGGACAUGUAAAGCCCUCGAGCUUUCCCCCCAAGGGAGAUCACUAGCGCAAGUUCGCAGAAUGUCACCCUUCUUCGCCAAGCUCGACAGUGUGUGGACAGUUCGUGCAUACGUCGGCUGAUCUUUCUAUCUUCAACUCAAGCGUUCGGGGUAUUGCGUAUGGCGCAAGGCGUUUUUAAGACAGGACAAGGGAUAUUCGCCGGCACAUGGAUGUGAUUCGUGAACGACGGUUACUUACAGCUGAGACUGAGCUAAACCCGUCCAUGGCCCAUCACCAAUGUGCUCCUAUUAGAUCACGGGGCAUCAUGGCGAUGACACGACUAAAGUUCAGCUACAUUACA